GUCCUGUUCGGUGUCUGCCUAGCGACGCCACCGCGAGCAUUUGCCCUGGAGCGAGCCAGCUGCCCACUGACGCUACAUGCACUUCUCUCAUCGAGCACAGCCUCCUCCCUCUCCUCUCGGCUAGGGCCGCAUGGAAAAGCACCCAAGCAACAAAUACAGCCCGCGUAUCUUACUUGUUUCAGCAAGGCCGCGUCAACGACCGCCCACCACGAGCACCACACCGCACCGCACCGCACCGCCUACUGCCCCUACCUGCAUCCACCCUCCGCCGCGUACGGGCUCCUCAACAGCGCGAGGUGGAGCACGUAAUGGCGUCCUUGUUCAAGGUCAAGGCGCUGUAUGACUUCGAGGCCAAGGAGGACGACGACUUGGGCUUCCCAGGCGGACAGGUGAUCGAUGUGACUGAGGAGAUUGACGACAAUUGGCUGGAGGGAAAGUACACCGACGCCUCCGGGGCGAGUCAGUCUGGCAUCUUUCCUCGCGAGUUCGUGGAGAAAUAUGAGCCUCCCGUGCCCAGUCGUCCUACGAGACCGACGAGGCCGAAGCAGGAGCCAGUGCCGGUACCAGUGCCAGUGUCAGAGCCAGAACCAGAGCCAGAACCAGAGCCUCCAGCUUCUGCGCGUGCGCCUGAACUACAGAAAGACGAUGCGGAUGAUGCUCCUGCUGUACCUGCGGCAUCUAAGCCGCAGCCACCGCCUGUCGUAGAGCCUGUAGUUGUGGGCAAACAGGAGGAAGUGCGGUCGCCGCCGAGCAGCGUCAGGUCGCCCGUCAUUCCAAGCGAGCCACCUGCUGCCCCGAAAGCUACGCCAGCGGAGCCAGCAACUGGUGGCUCGAAAAAACCGCCUCCGCCGAUCGCGGCCAAGUCCAAUGCUUUUCGCGACAGAAUUGCUGCGUUUAACCAGCCAGCUGCUGCUCCCGUGGCGCCCAUGGUUCCUGGAGGCCCUCGCUCUGGAGCCAACACCUUCAUAAAGAAGCCUUUCGUAGCACCUCCGCCCAUGGCGAACUCAUAUGUGCCGCCCGCAAUCAAACAUGAGCCUGUAUACAAACCAUAUAUCCGUGAAGAGGACCCAGAAAUCAAGCGUAGGCAGGAAGAGGAUCGAGCAGCGGCUGAGGCUGCAGGCUUCUCCGCGGUUGCAGAACCUUCUGGAGAGCCUCAAAAGGAGGACGAAGACGCACCAAAGCCGCAAACCUUGAAAGAGCGCAUCGCGCUUCUACAACAGCAACAGCUUGAGCAGGCGCAGAGAAGAGCAGAUGGUGGCACCAGGAAAGAGAAGAAGCCGGCGGCGAAGCAGGCAUCUGAAGCUCCUCCUGAGCAAGGGCAUUUGCAAGAUCUGGAUGCUGAAGAUGACACUGCAGAUCAAGAACACAGUUCAGUACCGACAAGACAAUCAUCAGAGGCCCCCGGAGAGCAACCCCGAGUCGCGGCUACACAGCGGAAGCCUUCUGUGCCACUCUCGCCAGUUCCUACAGUGCCAGAGUCAGAACUGGUCAGCGAUGGAAACGAAGCCGAUCAAUCUGCUGCAGGCGAGACUACUGAAGAUGACGCAGGUACGAUUGGUCCGGAAGAUAGCGAUGAAACCAGCGCGCCACCUCCUCCACAGCGUGCUGCAACGGCGCCCAGACGCGAGCCAGAGCCAGCUCAAGAAGAUGACAACAAGGAAGACGCCGAGGACGAUGAAGACUCCAUGGACGAAGAAACUCGAAAGCGUAUGGAGAUUAGGGCACGCAUGGCAAAGAUGAGCGGCGGUAUGGGCAUGCCUGGGAUGUUUGGAGGAAUGCCACUACCUGGGGCUACUCCUGUCAAAAAACCAAAGGAGAAGAAGCCAAGCGAAGAUGCUGCGCCUACCUCACCCCCUCCACAGCAAAGGAUCCCAAUGAUUCCUGUUCCUGGCCUGCAAAGAGUGCAAAGUCCGGAAUCGGAGAUCACCCACCAGGCUGAACGCGGUGCAACGGCUGGUAAUGAGGGAGACGAUGACCCAUUGCCUCCACCACGUAGAUCUACAGCCGAAGAUCGUGGCCCUCCACCGCCAAUACCCAAAGAGUCUCGUCCUCAACCAGAGCGUGGUGCGCCACCUCCCGUUCCUAGCAGUGCUCAAACAAGCCGCACAUCCACGAUAGAUACUCGCCCAGUGCCACAACCGCCGCCACACGCAACUCCCUUGUCGCCUGGCCCAGGCUCAGAGUCAGACGACGAAGCUUCAGUGCGCAAUCUAGGAUCGACGGCUGAAACACCUCUCGCCGAGACAGCAGUUCCUCUGCCCAUACGCAAUCCAUCUGUGCGGGGCACGCCGUCGAUACCUGGAUCUGAGAAUGCGAGAUCGCCCGAGGGCAAUCGUGCUUCUUACUUUGGCCUCGACUCACAGUCAACGACAUCCGACAAGCGCGCCAGCCGAGCGCCACCUCCGGUUCCUGGCAGCCCAUUGAUAGCGGCCCGGCCUCCACCUCCGCCUCCGCCAGCCGCACCUUCUCGAGCCACCACUGACUUACAGGCCGGCGAGAAUGAGCGAGAGAGCGAAUAUGAAGGUGACUAUGAUACGGAUAUCGCAUCAAGUGCCAAGCACAAGGAUGCCCUGAAGGCCGGAACACAUGUCAGAGAGGCCAGUCUGACCGACAAUAACUCAAUGGGCGAUCCCACAUUGCGAUCUCCACCGCCUCCGCCGCAUGGCACUGCUCCGAGGUCCGUACCUCCACCCCCAUCUGCUCCUACCUCAGCUGGCCCCAAGACUCCAGCAUCGAUGGACGCACCCAGAGCGCCUCCUCCCAUCCCUCCCACAGCUACUCGUGUACCAGUUCCAGGUGACGAUGACUAUGAUCCGUACCGAUACGACAGCUCUCGUGGGCCACCUCCACCUGUUCCUGGCGCGGUUUCCAUUGCUGCGCCGCCUCUGCCACCUCCGAGACAGCCGGAGCCUGAAAGCUCUGCCGAUGAUGACGAUGAUCUCUAUUCCAAGACACCUCCUCGGAAGUCUUUUGAAGCGCCACCUCGUGCUGUACCCGCCCCUCCGCCAGCUCAACCGCCGCCACCAGCACGCGUCGCGCCGAGAGAGUCACUCGAUGUGCAAAGAUCGAACACAAUAUCCCGUCGAUCGAUGGACCAGUCAAGGCCCUCAAUGGACAACGCCUACAUCGCUCGUGACUUAGAUCUAGCUGAGUCUACAACUUGGUGGACUGCCUCACAGCCACUGCCACCUUCGUUGCAGAACAGGCAAGGCGUUGAUAUCUUGUCCGAAUCUGAACAGUCCACGGCAUCGAAGCGAGGCGGCCGAAAAGAGGUCUCGAAAGAGAUCUAUAUCCUCUACAUUGACUACAGUCAGACGAUCAUCUCGGUGCGUUUUGACGCCAACAAUCCCGCCGAUGCUCAGAUCGAGCAGCAGCACCGCCCACCACCUCCCAAACCACGCCAAGACCAGCUCGAGACGUACUGGCAGCGUUUCGGACGCAAUAUUGCCGAGACAGUGAACGCUCUGGGACACGCAAAGAAAGACACAUCAGUGGGCAAUGCGUCGCCUGCGGCUCUGCCAGCCGAACUGAUCAAAGGUAAUCAGCAAGCUCUUCAACCGGUGGGAAAUCGGGCGUACGGUGCUUUGGUAUAUGCAAAUCUCGCCAACGCGUCCACUCAGCAGCACGAUGAGAUUCGCCCCGGCGACAUCCUGACAUUGAGAAAUACCCGGUUUGAGGGCACACAUGGCACGAUGAAGCAUAAGUACAAGCAGGAGUAUGGCAGUAUGCAUGUUGCGAUUGUUGAAGAGUGGGACGGUACGAGGAGAGCUAUCCGAGCUUGGGAACAAGGUCGUGAGAAGCAAAAGGUGCGGAGCGAGAAAUUCCGACUUGGCGACUUGAGAAGUGGCGAGGUCAAGGUUUGGAGAGUGGUUGGUAGAGAUUGGGUUGAGUGGGAAACUAGUCAAUAGGCGUGGUGAAAUUCCACGGAUAUUUUAAUGUAGAUGUCAGCGUCGCAACGCAUUGUUUAGUACAUGAUGCUUAUAGAAUUGCAUGCAG